AUGCUGGAUUCUGGGCUUCGCGUUUCCCCGCGCAUUGCCCGUCGCUUCACGGCCGCGAGACAUCCAUGGGUCUGCACUUUGUGUCGACACGCCUCCUCGGCAAACCGCGCGCCACCCACCGCACCUAGGGUAGACAAGCCAUUCUACGUUACUACGCCCAUCUUCUAUGUCAAUUCCUCACCUCAUGUCGGCCACCUUUAUACUCUCGUUCUGGCUGAUAUUUUAAAACGCUGGCAGGUUUUGCUUGGCAAUGCAAAUGCACAAUUGCUAACGGGCACGGAUGAACAUGGCAUGAAGAUCCAACAAGCUGCUGCUGCUCAUGGCCUGGAACCAAAAGAGCUAUGUGACCAAUUUUGCCAGACUUUCAAGGAUCUCUCACGCAAGGCUAACAUCGAUUACAACCAUUUCAUUCGCACCACGGACCCAGAACAUGGCGACUCAGUGCAAUAUUUCUGGCAAAUGCUUGAUCAUCGCGGAUAUAUCUAUGAAGCAAAGCACGAUGGCUGGUAUUCCGUGAGCGAUGAGGCAUUCUAUCCUUCCAACGCAGUUCACGCGACAUUGGAUCCAGCAACGGGUCGCAAGAUAAUGUCCACCAUAGAAACAGGCAAAGAGGUCGAAUGGUCCUCGGAAACAAAUUAUCACUUUAAACUUUCUGCGUUGACAGAACGACUUCUCGAUUUUUACAAACAAAACCCGGAUUUCAUCCGUCCAAAGAAGUACAUGGAAGACGUCGUCCGGUUCGUAUCUGCUGGUUUAACAGACUUGUCGAUCUCACGACCAGUGCACCGACUAUCUUGGGGCAUACGUGUGCCAGGCGAUGAAAGACAGACGAUAUAUGUCUGGCUGGAUGCUUUGGUAAACUACCUCACUUACACUGGAUAUCCGUUUACCCCUGGUAAAGGAAAUCAAAGUCUGUGGCCCGCAAACGUGCAUGUUGUCGGCAAGGACAUCAUAAGGUUUCAUGGCGUCUACUGGCCAGCAUUCCUCAUAGCCCUUGAUCUCCCACCACCACACCACAUCCUUACCCACGCGCACUGGACGAUCGGACGAGAAAAGAUGUCCAAAUCAACCGGAAACGUUGUCAACCCGAUAUAUGCGUUGACACGGUUUGGCAUUGAUCCCCUUCGAUUCUAUCUUGCUCAUGAUGGAGGGCUUUCUAGUGAUGCCGACUAUGAGAAUGCGUUUGUCACCGAGCGAUACAAGAAGACCCUGCAAUGGGGACUUGGAAACUUAACAAGUCGGCUUGUGCGUUCAAAAAAGUGGAAUGUCCGGAAGAGCAUUGAAUGGGGCGUUGGCGGCUAUCUUCCAAACCCGUCGACGGCUGAUCAGAAACACCAGGAGUUGCUAGAAGGAAUUCGUGAGGUCACAAAGUCACAUAUGGACAACUUAGAUCCACGAAAGGCGGCUGAAAGUAUACUGAGCAUUAUCUACGAGACAAACAAAUACUUUCAGGAGUCCAGUCCCUGGUCUCGAGCCGCUGACCAUCCAGACAACCAGACUCCAGACAAACUGGGUAGGGUUAUUUUCAAUACGGCAGAAUCCUUGCGGAUUGCGGGAAUUCUCCUCCAGCCAUUCAUGCCGGAGAAGGCAGCACGGCUUCUAGACAUGCUUGGUGUUGCGGGGGACCCUGGGAAGAGACACUUCGACGCCGCGAGGUUUGGUGCCGACGCAGAUUACGGCGUCUCCCUUGUGGACUUGAAAAAAGGAACAGAGGCCACGCUGUUCCCUCCUUUGCUUGUCGAAGAUUAA